AGUUUGUCUGUCCUGUCUACUACGUCCAUGGUAUGGCUCUGGAAAGCGUCGUCUAUCCUGGCCGCGAGUCUUAUCGUGCUGUACCGUACUUCGGCAGUUAAGUUGAUGCGUGCAGAUGAGGAUAAGAGGCGAUGGCAGCCCAAAGCGAAGGCCGCCGCGAAGGACGUAGACUUCAACUUGUACGCCAAUGGUCGUGGAAAAGUGAAGACUAAGGAUGGCAAGUCCGACUGUAAUGGUAAGUGGAAAGAUGCAGAGACGUACGGUGUUCGGAAGAAGAAGAUCAAGCAGUUUUGUAUUAGACUCCAUGAGAAGCAUCAGGACGACAAGGGUUAUACCGAUGCUCCUAAGAAAUUUGAGUGUCGAUUAGACCCUAACGACAAAGGAAAUGAUCAUGGACGGAAGAAUAGGGAUUGGCUGUGCUACGAGAAGAAGCCUGAAUAUGUAUUGCUCCCUCCUCACGGUCCUGAGCUGAACGCUACAUGCCCGACUUCCUGGGAUGCAUAUGAACACCGCGCAUUCUCCUGGUACCCGAAGGAUAGUCCUCCCAGCUGGUGCGAGUACAACUGGUUUGAAGAUCUUCAGGUCUGCUGGUGCAUGCCUGGCUUUUACCGCGACUCCCCCUUUGACACAACGCUCAAUAAAAGAGCUUGUCCUGACCGAGAAGAGAUCUUCAUCGCCCCUAAGUUCGUGAGGACCGAGACUAUCCGCCAACUACAAGGUGUCGAAUCAAGUACCGGUUUAACUGACACUGGCGAGCAAUGCACGUGCCCUGCUGGCUUCCCCUGAGGAGCACUGUCUUCAUCCACCACACGCUGAAGUGUAAAUGGAAAGUAUGAAGUUAAUUUUACCCAUGUUUAAACUGUCUUGAGUAUAUAUUGCCGCAUAUGGCAACUCUAUCCCGUAAGCAUAUGUCGUAUAAAGUGCUGGGAAUAUUUAAAGUUAAGCACAUACUACUCGACUAAAGUCAAA